AGUGGGAUAGCUGCUCAUCUCAAAACACCAGUUCAGUCCUCAAAACCGAACCUCAUUUCACGCCCGAGUAUUGCUUCUGUUGCCUUCUCAAACCUCUCUAGUGAUUUUCUCCUACCCUUUCCCUCCCCACCUCCGCUGUAGCCUGUGAAUCGAGCAACGAUUUUUAAAGCAAAUGUUUAUUCGCCUUUCUUUUCUUCUAUUCUGCAUUUUGCGGAAUCACGCUGGUAAGGAAAGUCGUUUCGCCCAUUCCCACCUUCCCCUGUCGUGUCGGUGCUUUUGUGAAAUAGCUGCAGUCACUGUAACUGCAUAAAACUCCAGGGAGCGAGGGGGGCUGCCUUAGAUCUCAGACUUUCGUCCUGUUUCCCAGUGCUGUUUGAGCCUCUCGGUUUUUGUAAUUGUGUUCUUCCUAUUACCAUGAUUUGAAUGUGUCUUUUCAGCAUGUUUGUGGGUUUCCUAGGAGAAGAAAAAAAAAAAAAAAUCCCUAGGAGAAGAUGAUCAGGAUGGGGGCGAGAGGGUUAGUAGAAUAAACACAUGUAAGAAGUAACAGAUUUAUUUCCGAACAGAGACUUGCUGCUUCGAUGAUAGCUAAAAUGUAGCGUCACCUACCUGGGUAAGUGGGAAAUAAACUUUAAUGUUAAAGCUCUCUGCUCAACUUUGCUUAUUCUGCCAUCCCUAGUUCGCGUCUCCUUUUGACUUUGUGCCAUUUAAUCGCCUAUGGCUUUUGUGUGCCCCCCUGCGCUUGAUGAUGCCUGGAUCCUGUACGUGUCCUCUCCACUCGGAUCCCGGAGGGAAAAGGGAGACUCCGGGAGCAGGCGAACAUAGGGCUCCCAGUGGGAAGAACCGGCGUGUGCGAGGGUGUCUGUCUAUGUGUGCGGGGGUGUGCAUGCGUGUGUGCCUGUGUGUGUGUGUCCGUGCGUGCGCGCAGCGAGGGGGAAGCAAGAAUCCAGCUGCUCUUUCUCCCUCUGUGAACACAUGUGGGAAAACAAGUUGUUGCGGGUUCUGUGUGUGCGUGUAUACAUUCCUCUUUAUGGGUGGCUGUUUUGAAUAAAAAUGCAUGCAGACGAAUGUAGUGAAAUGCUUUUCUUUCAUCGCGAUGACAUAUUUGAGCGAAAAGCGGCCGUAUAUGUUGAGGUGGUUCAAAGCCACGGUAACAGCGUGUCUUUGUCAUUUGGGGCAGUGAGUGACUGUAAGAGGCAGGGAAGGUUGCCACCUCUUUCCUUGGGGAGUCCGGAGGUACAGAGGGGCAGAGCCGCGCAGCAUGGAGUCGGCGAUAGGGAGGGAAGGAGGGACUGCUCCCUUCUCCGGAGGGCUGCAGAGCUACUCCUCCGGCGUCUCCUCCGGCCCUGGCACCGGCCCCGGCCGCUAUCCCUACCCUGCCAGAACAAGAAAACCCUCCCCCGCCGAUGCUGGAGACACUCGGCUUUCUAUCUGCAGCAUCAGCGAGAAAGCCCAGCUCGGCGCAGGCUCAGUGCUCACCGCCGCAGUCCCGGACGGAGGAGGGGGGCUCGGGAACGCAGCGUCUUCGCAGCGGGUUUUUGCCCAGAAACUACAACAGUCCAGCAUUAUGUGACCUCUCUUUUGGGACAUAACAAUGGGGAGCAGGAUGCUGCCAUGUUUGAACACAGAGGGAUCGAAGUUAGAUCUGAAGAGAGAGAAGAGGAUUAAGAAGGGUUAUGGAGUGUUCUAGAUAUCAAUGAAGUAAAAAAAUAACUGUGAGAUUUACUAUAAAAUUAUCCCAUUCAUGCUCUUUCUAAACGGUCAUAACAUUUUAUAUAUUUAACUGUUGUUCAAAUCACAACGGCUUAUUCAGAAGAUCAAAAGGAUACGGUCCUGAUGACCAGCCAUGUAAGUGUUACUAAUACAGCAUAUGAUUAAACUUC